AUGUUACGUUCCAAAUCCAGAUCUGGGUAUUUGGAAUUUGGACACAAGAAACAUUCGUCAUUUUUGAUUCGAAGUAUUUCUGGAUCAAAGAUUUGUAGAGGUGAUGGUCUCACGUCACAAGUUGAUAAAGAAGCCGUUGUUUCUGUUGAUCGUAAAUCUAUUAGUUUAUCAGAGAAUCGAAUAGUGAAGGAGGCAAUGAUGCAAAAGCAAAUGAGUAAUUUAGAAGAGGAGUUGAAGAGCACAAAGCAUAGAUUAGAUGAAGUUGAAAACGAAAGAAACCGAAUGACUGCUGAGCUUAAAGAGGCUAAAGAGUUGGCUAAUGCCGGAUUGUCUGCUAAAAAGGCAGAAGAAGUGUUUUCCGAGCUCAAGGGUCUUAAAGAUUCACUAUUGAGUUCCAGAAAGGAGAUAGAGUCUAGAGAUAAGGAGAUCAGUUCAUUGAGUAGUCGGCUUGAAUCUGCAAAAGUGUUUGAGGCUAAAGUAGCCGAAAAGGAUGUGGAUUUAGAGAAGUUGAAAAAGAAGAUUCGAGAAUUGGAAAAUGAGGUUGAGAAAACGAAGCAAUCGGAAGAACAUAUGUUGGAUUCAUUGAUGCUUCAAACUAGACAAAUUGAGCAAACGAAAAUGGAUUUGGAGGAAUCAAAGCUUGAGGUUAUGACAUUGCAAGAGACGGUCGAGAACCUUCAAAGAGGUGGCAGAAACGGGCCAAGACAAGCAAUGGUAGCUCAAAAGGGUAAUGUUGAUACAUCACAGGAAACUAAAGCUCUAAAGGAUGAAAUCAAAAUGUUAAAAACCGAGCUGAAGUUAGCUACGGAAGCAGAGGAGAAAGCCAAGAAAGCCAUGGAUGAUUUAGCAUCGGCUUUAAGAGAAGUAGCAACAGAAUCCAGUACAGCUAAUGAAAAGCUGAGGCAAGCAGAAGAGCAAGUGACACAUUUGAAACAAGAAGUAGAUAGAUUAAAGGAAGAUCUCGAGUUACAGACAGAAACAUCUGAACGGUUAAGGGUGGAAGCCGAAGAAUCAGUUCUAGCAUGGACUUCAAAAGAAAUGGGAUUCAUUAGUUGCAUAAAGAAAGCUGAUGAAGAAAACGCUUCAUAUAAACACGAAAACAAUAAGUUAAGAGAAGCAUUACUAUCAGCUGAAACCACUGUAAGGAUUAAAAGAGAAGAAUCAGACAAAUUGCGGGACAUUCUCAAACAAGCUCUGAACGAAUCAAACGUUGCUAAAGAAGCUUCAAACAUAGCACGGGCUGAGAAUUCAGAACUCAAAGAUUUAUUAGCUGAAAAGGAAGAAUCUUUACAUUUUCUAACAAAAGAAAACGAACGGUUAAGGAUUAAUGAAGUUGCAGCUCGUGAAAACGUCAAGGAGUUCAAAAGAUUACUAGCUGCAAAAGAGCAAGCUAAUAAACUAUACGAUGAUAAAGACCAGACCGAUGUUUUUAACUCCCCGGUUGCAUCACUCUAUGAAGAGCAUAUAGACGGAAGAAUUACACCACAACAAGCAUUUAGUUUUGAUUUUGAUGAUUUAAAAGGCUUUAACAAAGAAGAAGAGUACUACCAUGUGCUUGAUGGAGAAGAUGAUAACGUUUCAGAAAUCGUUGUUAAUGAUGACCCUGAAAAGGCAGAAGCACUCAAAGGGUCGAUAUUUGAUACGACAGCGUCUCCAAAAUCAGAACCGCAUACACCAAAAGCAAACGCCCAGCACAGGAGAGCAGCAACGGGUUUUACUGAAUCAAGUGGGUCGGGCCAGUCUGAAGAAGUGGAGAGUUUUGUGCAUAGUAGUAGUUAUAGUCAUGAAGAUGGUGAUAAUAAGGGCUAUAUGUAUAGUCUGUACAGUAAAAAGAAAUUGUUUCGUAAGAUCGGAGAGCUUAUCAUUGGAAAAAAUAACAGCAAAAAAGACGGGUUACCGGAGCAUGGUGAAGAGCAGGUUAAAGAUCAAGGUAAAGAACACAUUAAAGAGCAAGGCAAAGAUCAAAGUAAAGAGCAAGGGAAAGAGCAGGCAAAUUGAUUGUUACUGUAGUAAGUUUAUAUACACUGAGAUUAUAGAUAUAUGAUUAUAAAUUUUUGUCAGAUGAUUCAUGCAGUUGGUUUGUAGUUAGUCUUUGUGACACAUCAUUGUGGCUGCCGGUCCUUUUUUGUUUGAUUGUACUACUCGAGUCUGUUGGAUUACUGAUCCUAAUUCGGCA